AUGGGCCGGUACGACGACGUCCUCGCCCUGCUGGCGACCGACAACGCCCGCGCGGUCGCUCUCCUGCGCGACGUCGCGCGCCAGGCGCAUGCAGCCGACGAGGCCGUCAUGGGCUACGCGCUCCAGGCACGCAACGACGCGCUCUGCUUUGAGCUGCUGCAAGGCGACGACGGGCGCUUCUUUGACGCCCUGCGCAUCGCCGGCGACUAUGACAUAGCACUGACUCGGUCCGUACAGCCAAAGGUGGUCGCUUUCCCGCCGUCAGCGAUCCCUGGUAUGGUGCUGCAUGGCGUGGCCGCCGCCAAGGUGCGCAUGACAUAUGGCCGCGACGUCCACGGUGUGCGGCUCCUCUUCUGGCCCAAGGUGCACCGCGCACGGCUCGUGGGGCUACCUACGUCUGUCCAGUGGCUCGUCUCCGCCGUCGACGACCCACGCCGCCGCGUCGCGACACUGGCCCUUCUCGGGGCCACGGACGUCGUCGCAGUUGCUGGCCUCGCGUUGCUAAAGCCACUCCAGUGCAGCAGGAACCAGGAAUAG